GAAGCUCCAGGAUUUAAAACUGGAGUCGUAACGGUUUGUGUGUAGCCUAUUUAGCUAGCUAUCUUCCGUACUUACGGCUGAUCUGGGUGUGUAAAUAACAUUUUUCUCGUUCGGAAUAGAAAUUGUCUAGAAACCCAAUGUUUUAACCACAUUAAGAGUUGGACACCCCGGAUGACUUCUGCAGACCCUUCUGCAGCUGUGCCAUGAACUGGGACCAUCAGCUGAGCGCCAUCCUGUCCGCGGCAGAUGGCAGCGUUGCAAAGAUGAGAGAGAGACUGACCUCCCCUGGGAAAUUUUCUAAGGCUGCAGAAGACUUGUUUCCUGUGAAGGACUGUGCUCCUAACAUUCCAGCCAUCGCCGCUGUGUCUCAACAUCAGCCCUCUCCAGCCCUCAGUCUCAGUGUAGAGUGGGCAGACUUGGCUUUUAUCAAGUCACAAUUCCAGAUGCAAAGCCAAGAAAUUGAAUCGCUAACCCAGAAACUCCACCGCUUAGAAAUGGAGAAGCAGUGUCAGCAGCAUCACAUUCAGGCUCUCCAAGAGGAAGUCUGCUGCCUGCGUGAAAAGUUGAAAAACAGGGACCUCCUGAGAACAGAAGAAGGGCCAGCACUUGAGCGAAGGAUGGAGCAGUGGAGGAGAGAGGUUGGCGGUGAGCUGGGUCGUCUGCGGGAACGGGUCGCUAGAGCUGCAUCUCUAGGCACCCUGGAGGAAAAUCUCGGUGCAAAGCUUCGUCAGGAGGACCUGGAACACGUGCGCAGAGAGGUGGACCAGCUGAAAGCGAGGCUAAGGAGGCAGGAGGACGGCGCGCUCCUGCAAAAAUCAGAAGCCAGGGAGACCAGGAGGCAAUAUGACAGCAGCUGCAAGCUGCUGGAGGAGCUGACAGACUCUUACAGAACUCGUAGCGCUGAUUUGAUGAGGACCGUUUCUCAGUAUUCUCACAUUCAGCGAGACAUCGAUCAGAUAAGAGAAGCUGUGUCGGAACUGAAAGAUGAGGUUAGAACUCUGAAACUCGGAGUUCACAAGCCGACCCCUUUGCUGUCGGGACACGGAUCAAUUUUACCGCCGCCAGUCCCUCACAGCCAGAGCCGAGUUGUCAGGACCGACGCUCCGGAGUCCGACUCAGAAGAAUUCAGUCCAACACCGAGCCUCGCUGAGAUCAGCUCAGAUGAUCUAUCAUGGCUCGAUGACAAAAUCCCUGAGACCACAGACCAAGAGUCCAGACCACCUGACAUUGUUGGUCCAGGGUCAGAUCUGGAAAGCUCCGACGGUGGCGAUGAUCUUCAAGAUGACAGCGUUGACCUGGAUUUAGGAUCUGACCUUGGUCUCAAUGACCUCUGACCCCAGAGUGCAGUUAACUCUAUAAACAGAUUUGUUUUUGCUAAAUGAGCACCUGACAUAUCAGGGGACUUUUAAAGUUAUUUUUUUGUUUUAUGGGCAGCUUGAUGUGGAACUCUAGAGAUAAGGUAGGAAAAUCAAACAACCAUGGUGCCAAGGUUGAGUGGUCGACCUUUGAUUGGAAUAACACAGGUUUGAUUCCCGCCUUGCCCGCCCAUGUGUCGAUGUCCUUGGGCAAACACACUGCUCCCGGUGGUUAUGGGUUGGUGCCAAUGUUUGGCAGUGGAGCCGCCAUAAGUGUGUGAAUGUGUAAAUGGGAUUGUGACUGUAACGCAGUCACAAUUUUUUUUUUCUCCCUUCUCGUCCUGUUAUGAAGCAGUUUUGCUGAUACACGGUCUCUUCUGAUUGGUUAACUUCUCAGGAACUAACAUGCUGUUUGGUUUACUGUACAGAGGCGUGACCUGCCAACAGUCAGAGCACAGAAACGCUACUUAGUGCAGGUGAGAUUUGUUAAACAUACAGGAUAAACUUCAGACAUGCAGGUCACUUUAGGUCAAAUCCUUCCCUUUUUCACUGUCCUUAGAAAGAAAAGUUACUCAUAGGUUAUGGGAAGCAGUCGACUUAGCUUAUAGAGUACAGUAUAUAUGGUUUUUUGUAACAAAGAAAACUAAAACUGGUACCACCUGAUUAGUUUUGAGUUUCCAAAGAUUUAUACAAGUUAGAUCAGUUGGUUAGUUAGACAAGAAGUUAUAUACUUCUUUUUUUUUUAUACAUUUUUUUUCUUUUUUUAAAUCAAAGAAAGCAAUAUCGUUUUUGAUUAUCUUUUUAAAUGAUGUUCCGCAGACUCUUAAACUUUAGCGCAGCAAACUGAAGAGCUUUGGAAAGUUCUUCAUCAGAACUAGUCUGUCACUUGUUUUAGGAUUUGGCUCUUGCUAAUAACUAAAUUCCAGGUUGCUGUUCUUUAAAUUGUAGAUUUCAUUACCACAGCUCCUGCUAUAAUGUAACAUGCUAGUAAAGGUAAUAAAUUGGUUCUUAGAUUUCCAGAGAGAAGCACUGUAAUAGAAAACCCAAAAUGUUUGGUCACUAGAAACAUGAGGUUUAAGGCUGAUAAGUUAUGAUUAUAGACUUCUGUAAUGUGGUUUAAAAAAAAAGUGCUGGACCUUUCCUGGAACAGCAGGAAAAGUCAUCAAAAUGACAGGCCAACUCUUGGAAAGCAAAAUAAAGAAAAAGAUUCUUUUAUUUCACUUA